UCUUCUCAUCGAUCAAAGCAAAUAUCCUGUCUUUAUCACAAUCCCAAACUCUCCCCUCUCUCUAUUUUUCUCCCAUUUCUCAAAACCCUUCAUUGUUGGCUUUCUUUCACAGGCUCUCUCUUCUCAAUAUCCCACCAAAACUGAUUUACUUGAUUCCAUGUUUAAGUUAUUCCCCAAUUAGAAGUUCGAUUGCUCAAGUGCUCUAAAAAGCAAGAUCUAUAAGUUUUUUUUUAAAAAAAAGGAGGGAAAAUGGCAAGAGAAAAGAUUCAGAUUAGGAAAAUUGAUAACAGCAAAGCCAGGCAGGUGACUUUUGCCAAAAGGAGAAGAGGGUUGUUUAAGAAAGCUGAGGAGUUGGCCAUUCUUUGUGAUGCAGAUGUUGCUCUUAUUAUUUUCUCUUCUACUGGGAAGCUCUUUGAGUACGCCAGCUCAAGCAUGAAGGAGAUAUUAGAAAGGCACCAUUUGCGCUCAAAGAACCUGGAGAAGCUGGAACAGCCAUGUCUUGAGUUGCUGCUCGUAGAAGACAGCAACCAGUCCAUGCUGACAAUGGAAAUAGCAGAGAGAAGUCAUCAACUGAGGCAAAUGAGGGGCGAGGAUCUCCAAGGAUUAAAUGUUGAAGAACUACAGCAGCUAGAGAAAUCUUUGGAAGUUGGGUUGAGCCGUGUGAUGGAGAAAAAGGGUCAAAGGAUUAUGAGAGAAAUCAGUGACCUUCAAAGAAAGGAAAUUGAAUUGAUGGAAGAAAAUGAACGAUUGAAGCAACAAAUAUCUGAGGGCCGAAGACAAGUUGCCGGUGACUCGGAGAACAUCUUUGAGGAAGGUGAGUCGUCGGAGUCGGUGACCAACGUUUGUACUUCCAACGGUAAUCGGCACGACUACGAAAGCUCCAAUACAUCUUUGAAACUAGGGUUACCGUAUUGUGGUUAACUGAGGAGGGUUGGUGGAGAUCAACAUUGUAGGAAACUAAGAGUAGUUGAUACAUUAAAUACAUGUCCUAAUCCUUGACGUAAUUACGGAUUUAAUUAC